CUAACUGCACUCCCAUAUCGCCUGUGUAUUUUGUGUUGGGUGUGUGUGUGUUUGGAUACAAGAAGUGUGUGUGUGUGUUUUGAGCCCCUGCAAUAGAGAGGACUGAUACCUCCCCAGGAUGCAUCAGCUGCUAGCCGUGACCUCAGUGCUGGUGGCACUCUGCUCCCUAGGGAGAGUGGAUUCUUCAGCCUAUGACAAGAUAGUCACCCACAGUCGCAUCCGGGCCAGGAAAGAAGGACCCAAUGUGUGCGCUCUGCAGCAGGUCGAGGGGACUAAGAAGAAGUACUUCAGCACAUGUAGGAACUGGUACAAAGGCUCCAUCUGUGGAAAGAAGGCCAUGGUCCUAUAUGAAUGCUGUCCUGGGUACAUUAAGCUGGAGGGCACGAAAGGAUGUACUGCAGUGGCACCUAUUGACCAUGUCUAUGGUACGCUGGGGCUGGUAAAGGCUUCGACCACACAGCAAUACUCUGACGUGUCCAAACUGAAGGAGGAAAUUGAAGGCGAAGGCUCCUUCACUAUGUUUGCACCUAGCAACGAGGCCUGGGAUCAGGUGGAACCUAUUAUACGGGCGGCACUGGUGAACAACGUGAACAUCGAAUUGUACAACGCUCUUCACUACCACAUGGUUAACCGCCGACUUCUGACCAAAGACUUGAAGAACGGCAUGACUUUGAAUUCCAUGUACAACGACCUGGGGAUUUACAUCAACCACUACUCAAAUGGGAUCGUGACAGUAAACUGUGCCAGGAUCAUCCAUGGUAAUCAGGUGGCCACAAAUGGUGUGGUGCAUGUCAUUGAUCGGGUCAUCACCAGCGUGGGCAACAACAUCAAGGAAUACCUAGAUGUAACAGAGGAUCUCGCCUCCUUCAGAGAUGUGGUAGUGAACUCUGGCAUGUUCGACAAGCUGGGCGAGCCUGGACAAUUCACUCUCUUUGCUCCCACUGAUCAAGCCUUUGACAAAUUGGACCCAGGCUACUUGGAGCGUAUCAUGGGAGACAAGGAUGUUAUUGCAGCCCUGGUGAAAUACCACCUGUUGAGCUCUGUCCAGUGUUCUGAAGCAAUAAUGGCGGGGUCUGUGUUUGAGACCGAAGAGGGCAGCACCAUCGAAAUUGGGUGUGAUGGCGACAGUUUGACAGUCAAUGGAAUCAAGAUGGUGCUGAAGAAGGACAUAGUCACGACCAAUGGCGUCAUCCACUUAAUCGACCAGGUGCUCAUCCCUAACUCAGCCAAGGAAGGGUUGGAGCUGAUGGGGGACUCUCAGAGCACUUUCAGUAACAUGGUGUCCGAAUUGGGCUUAGCCUCUGCCUUGGGUUCGAAAACAGAGUACACACUCCUUGCUCCAGUCAACACUGCCUUCACUACUGAGGUGAUGUCAACGGACCAGAGCCUGUUGAAAUUCAUUUUGGAAAACCACAUCUUGAAGCUGAAAGUUACGCUGAGUGAGCUCUAUAACGGACAGAUGCUGGAAACACUGGCUGGCAGAAUGCUCAGAGUCUUCAUUUACCGCACUGCUGUGUGCAUUGAAAAUUCAUGUAUGGUGCGUGGCAGUAAAGAGGGAAGCCAUAGUGCCCUCCAUCUUAUGAAUUCCCUCAUCAAACCAGCUGACAAAACAAUCUACAAUCUCCUGAUUGCUGACGGACGGUUCAAGAUUUUCCUGGCGAUGAUGGAGACAGCAGAACUGACUGAUCUGCUAAAGGAGAAAGGCUCCCACACUAUUUUUGCACCAACUGAUGAUGCCUUUGAAGGUCUCAGUAAAGAGGACUUUGCUCUUCUGAAAAGUGAUCUGAAUGCGUUGAGGACCAUUCUCCUGUACCACUUCAGUAAUGGCAUCUUCAUCAAUGGAGGAUUAGAGGGAGGAGUUACCAACCUGCUCAAAACCCUGCAGGGCAGUAACCUCCAAGUUAUUUCUGUUAACAACUCUAUUAAUGUGAACUCGGUGGAUGUGCCCAACAGCGAUUUGAUGGCUACAAAUGGUGUGAUCCAUGUGGUGAAGAAUGUUCUCUAUCCUGCAGACCUUCCUGUGGGCCGCCAGGACUUCAUGGUCCUCCUGAAGAAGCUGAUUAAGUACAUCCAGAUAAGGUAUAUUUCUGGAUUUUCGUACAAGGAGAUCCCAGUCACAUUCUUCAAGAGAACCAUCACAACUACACAUUAUCAUGAAACAAUUCCUGAAACAAAGGUGACCAGAGUCAUUCAAGGAGAGCCUACCAUCACCAAGGUUACAAGAGUCAUUGAAGGAGAGCCUACAAUUACCAAGGUUACAAGAGUCAUUGAAGGAGAGCCAUCCAUCACCAAGGUUACAAGAGUCAUUGAAGGAGAGCCUUCCUUUACCAAGGUUACAAGAGUCAUUGAAGGGGAGCCAUCCAUCACCAAGGUUACAAGAGUCAUUGAAGGAGAGCCUUCCUUUACCAAGGUUACAAGAGUCAUUGAAGGGGAGCCAUCCAUCACCAAGGUUACAAGAGUCAUUGAAGGACACCCAUCCAUUACCAAGGUUACAAGAGUCAUCGAGACAGAACCUGCCAUCACUACGAUGAUCUUCAGUGGAGAAACCAGGAACACAGAAGUGACCCGGCUCAUCACGGGGGAGUCUUCAUCAACCAGGGUCUUUGAAGGACAGCCUAUCAUUACCAAGGUCACAAGAGUUAUCGAAGGUGGAGAACUUGAUGCACAAGGAAAGAUAAUUGAAGGUCAGUUUUUCACUCCGUUGAAGAGCAUGAUAGUCUAGAUCUCAGAAUAUUCAUGCAUUUUCUAACCACUCUUUUAACAAAUACAUCUGGGAUCUUGACCACAGCUAACUGACCAUUAUCAUCUAACCUGAAUGU